UAUAUUCUCUAAGUCUACUCAACGUGAGAAACGGAACUUUCUGGCUUCCCCGUUGAUUCUCUUACCAUUUUUCGCAGGUCAUCUCUUUUACGCUUCUGUUACUUUCUCAUCACGUUCAAGUCCUGAAGAAUUGUUCUGACAAAUGCCAAAGGCUGAUGAUUAAUGGAUAGAAAACGGCAUAUUGCGAUAUUUACUACUGCUAGUCUUCCAUGGAUGACUGGGACGGCUGUUAACCCUCUGUUUCGUGCUGCCUAUCUUGCAAAAGACGGAGAAAGAAAAGUCACUUUGGUGAUUCCUUGGUUAUCUUUGAAACAUCAAAAACUAGUAUAUCCUGGCAACAUCACAUUUAGUUCACCUCAAGAGCAGGAAAGUUAUGUCCGUCGGUGGUUGGAGGAAAGGAUCACGUUUACUUCUGCUUUUAUCAUACGUUUUUAUCCUGGAAAGUUUGCUGUAGAUAAAAGGAGCAUUCUUGCUGUUGGAGACAUUUCUGAAAUUAUCUCUGAUCAAGAGGCAGAUAUUGCUGUCCUUGAAGAGCCUGAGCAUCUUACUUGGUUUCAUCAUGGGAAGAGAUGGAAAACUAAAUUCCGUCUUGUUAUAGGAAUUGUACACACCAAUUACCUGGAAUAUGUGAAGAGAGAGAAGAAUGGACGACCGAGAGCAUUUUUUCUUAAACAUGUAAAUACUUGGGUUGUUGGUAUCUAUUGCCAUAAGGUAAUUAGGUUAUCUGCUGCCACACAGGAUUAUCCUAAUUCCAUCAUCUGUAAUGUUCAUGGAGUUAACCCUAAAUUCCUUGAGAUUGGCAAGAGAAAGAUAGAACAACAGCAAAGUGGGAAUCAGGCCUUCACUAAGGGUGCGUAUUACAUUGGGAAGAUGGUGUGGAGUAAAGGCUACAAAGAACUGCUUGAACUUCUUCAUGAUCACCAAAAGGAACUAGCUGGGCUUCAAGUGGAUUUAUAUGGCACUGGGGAGGACUCUAGUGAAGUUCAAGAAGCUGCCAACAAGCUAAAACUAGUAGUUAGAGUUUAUGCUGGGCGUGAUCAUGCUGACCCUGUUUUUCAUGAUUAUAAAGUCUUCCUGAAUCCAAGCACAACAGAUGUGGUUUGCACAACCACAGCUGAAGCAUUGGCCAUGGGCAAAAUUGUUGUCUGUGCUAAUCACCCCUCUAAUGAGUUCUUCAAGCAGUUCCCAAAUUGCCGAACUUACGAUGAUGGCAAUGGAUUUGUUGAAGCGACACUCAAGGCACUCACAGAAAAGCCCUCUCAACUGUCUGAAGCGCAGAGGCAUGAACUAUCAUGGGAAGCUGCUACAGAACGGUUUUUGAGGGUUUCUGAGUUGGACCAGACUUUUGAGAAGAGACUGUCAGAAAGUCCUUCAAAUAAAUUUGCAUCCACAUCAUUAAAUUUGAGGAGAAAAGUGGAGGAUGCUUCAGCAUAUAUACAUUAUGUGACUUCUGGGUUUGAGGCAACGAGAAGAGCAUUUGGUGCAAUUCCAGCGAGCUUACAACCAGAUGAAGAGCAAUGUAAGGAGCUCGGGUUGGUAAUUCCUCCGCAUGCAUGAGGCUUAUAAAGUUGAUUUAUAGAUAUGCUUCUGUAUUGAAAAAUGCUGUACAUUUGUUAAAUUCUGAUCAGUCUCAGGGCCAAGUAAACGUAAAAGACAUAAACUGGGAUUUCUAGAUGAACAAUAUUUCUUUGUGAAGGGGAUGUGCCAAGUGAGUUGAUGGUUUCCUGAUUUCCUUCUGGCCAAAAACAGAAAGGGAAAAGGGAGGGGGAAUUGAGUUGUAAGGCGAAGUUGAUUGUAAUUUCUGUACAGCUUAUUCUGAUUUAAUAAUAGUGUUUCUCUUUAAUUUGCUGUA